AUGACUGGAAGCAGCAUGAAUUCUAGUGACAUUUUCUAUUCAAGUGGAGAUUAUUUUGGGUCAACUAGCACUUCGUUUUACUCCGACGGUGACACCGCACCAUGCUCCUUGCAGGAGGUGAGGAGGUUCUCCAGGCUGUUUGUGCCGAUUGCUUACUCCUUGAUAUGUGUCUUCGGCCUCCUGGGCAACAGCCUGGUGGUGAUCACCUUUGCUUUCUAUAAGAAGGCCAAGUCCAUGACAGACAUCUAUCUCUUAAACAUGGCCAUCGCAGACAUACUCUUUGUCCUCACUCUCCCAUUCUGGGCAGUGAAUCACGCCACCGGGGUGUGGAUUUUCAGCAACGCUACGUGCAAGCUGAUUAAAGGCAUCUACGCCGUCAACUUCAACUGCGGGAUGCUGCUCCUGAGCUGCAUCAGCAUGGACCGGUACAUCGCCAUCGUGCAGGCCACCAAGUCCUUCCGGCUGCGAUCCAGAACACUGCCCCACAGUAAAAUAAUCUGUUUCAUUGUGUGGGUAGUGUCCAUCAUAAUCUCCACCUCGACUUUUACCUUCAAUCAGAAAUACAGAAUAGAGGAGAGUGCUGUCUGCGAGCCCAAGUACGACAUCGUCUCAGAGCCCAUCAAGUGGAAGCUGCUGAUGCUGGUGUUUGAGCUGCUUUUUGGUUUCUUUAUCCCACUGGUGUUUAUGAUUUUUUGCUACAUGUUCAUUGUCAAAACCUUAGUGCAAGCUCAGAAUUCUAAAAGACACAAAGCCAUCCGUGUGAUUAUAGCGGUGGUUCUCGUUUUUUUGGCUUGUCAGAUUCCUCAUAACAUGGUCCUUCUUGUGACCGCUGCCACCAUGGGGAGUAUGGACCGAUCCUGCGACAGCAUGAAACUGACCAGCUACGCCAGGAACGUCACAGAGGUCCUGGCUUUCCUCCACUGCUGUCUCAACCCCGUGCUGUAUGCAUUCGUCGGUCAGAAGUUCAGAAGCUACUUUCUCAGGAUCAUGAAGGACCUGUGGUGUGUGAGGAGAAAGCACAAGUCCCAGGGCUUAUCCUGCUCCAAGAUGUACUCAGAAGCCUUCAUUUCCAGGCAGACCAGUGAGACCGUGGAUAAUGACAACGCGUCAUCCUUUACUAUGUGA